AUGCAAGGUUGCAAUAAUGUGUCAAUAGGAGUCAGACAGGAGAGAAACCAUUUACAUGUUCAGAAUGCAGAAAGUACUUUACCCAAAACUCACAACUUGUUAUACAUCAGAGGAGUCACACAGGAGAGAAACCAUUUCAAUGCUCAGAAUGCAGCAAAGGUUUUACCAGCAGGCAACAACUUUUUAGACAUCAAAGGAUUCAUACAGAAGAGAGAUCCUUUAAAUGUUCAGAAUGUGGCAAGUGUUUUGUCAACAAGCAACAACUUGUUAUACAUCAAAGGAUUCAUACAGGAGAGAACCCAUUUAAAUGUUCAGAAUGUGAGGAGUCACACAGGAGAGAAACCAUUUCAAUGCUCUGAAUGCAGCAAGUGCUUUACCCACAGGAAUAAACUUGUUAUACAUCAAAGGAUUCAGACAGGAGAGAAACCAUUUAAAUGUUCUGAAUGCAGACAAAUAAGGAGCAAGAUUCCCUCUAAGAAUAUAAGAAGAUAUAAUGGAAAGGGACAUUGUUCUCUGAUCAAGCCAACUACAGACAUAAUAUCUUUUGAAACCUCUUAA